AUGGUUCAGCAAGACAUUGUAGAGACUACAGUGAUAAAAAAACAAGAAACCGAUUCUUGGCAAGAACGGUUUCUGUACUUAAAACACAGCGAAUACCAUGCGUCGACGGGCAUCGCAGGGAUUCUAACGGUCCCCACGUCGUUGCAGUUCGAGUCUAUGGCGGAAAAAACGGCGCAUGAAUCGCAAUACGGACUCCCACUGCAUAAACUGGUGCUGCUGUGUCACGGCCACUCAGCACAUAAAAACACGGUUUACAUGCCACUGCUGGCUCGAAAACUAGCUGACAUUGGUUACUAUGUGUUGCGGAUUGAUUUUCGCAGUAUGGGAGACUCUGAGCCCAACAGAGACAGUCAUGUUGGACGCACGAUUGCCCAAGACUGCGAAGACAUCGAAACAGUGUACCAGUGGGUUCAAACUCAGCAAUGUGGUAAGCUGGCGGGUCAUCAGCUUGUGCUUGACACCAUCGUGGCUCAUUCCCGCGGUGUGAUGUCCAUGUUUGAGUUUGCUCGUUCGCGGUUCGUCCCAAAUCUGGUGAACGCUUGUGGACGGUAUGUGGCCCACGGUCUGGUGGAAAAAUCCCUGAAGCGAAACCCCAAUUGGGACCGUGACGGCGGAUUCAAUUGUACAAUUCUUCGCCAUGGUAAAAUGCAAGAGGUGUGGAUCCCUAAAGCAGAAACUAUGAGCGCUGCAACGGUGGAUACGUCCAAAUUUGCAGAAAUUGAUUCAAGGACCUCCGUGAUGUCCAUCUACGGGUCUAAAGACUCGAUCAUCCCGCUCAGCGCUCUGGCCCAGUAUUCCAACUUGUUCGAAGGUCGUCAUACUGCAGAACUAGUUAUGUACGCAGACCAUAAUUUCUACGGUCUUCCAGAAGACCCCAACGUUGACCAAUUACCUCUUCGUAAGGGGCUGGUCAAUUACAACGUCAAAACCGUUGAGCGUAUUGCGUCUUUCCUUGCACCUGAGCAACAAAUGCAAAGGUUCUAUAAAACUACGUUCUCAAUACAGGACGCUGCAAAUCCUUCGAGAACGUUUGCCCGUUGGUGUUUACCCCACGAUUUUUCCCACAUUUCGAAUUUUCGCGAUGUGGGGGGCUACGAAACUAGCGAUGGUCAUCGGGUAAAGCCACGUAUUCUUUUCAGAUCUGCAAAUCCUGUAGAUGCCUCGACAGAAGGGUUCCGGUAUCUUACUGAAGAUUUAAAGAUUUCAAAGGUAUUUGAUCUACGUUUGGCAAAAGAAAUUGAAGACAACGGGGCCAUUGCUGGCGUUGAUGUGGUGAAUCUUCCUUUCAACGACCAAAAAGUUGCAGACCCAGAGGACAUGUCACUGGUGUACAGAGGAAUGUUUUUGUCACCACUCACUUUCCCACAGGCCUACAUGGUGAUGUUGAAAAAUAGUACUGCAGCAGUAGCACACUUUUUCCAUUACAUCAUCGAAGGUCGGUGUGAUCGUUCGCAUGCGGCUCUAAUACAUUGUGCAGGCGGUAAGGACCGCACCGGAAUUCUGACAAUGCUAGUUUUGGGUCUUUUAGGUGUCGACGAUGACACAAUUGCCAGAGAUUAUGAGCUCACUACCAUUGGGCCGAAGUCCGAAAUGAAAUUGUACAAGGCGCUUGAAGAACGCGGUGAUGGGUUUUACAAGCUUCUGGACUCUGAAAAAUUGGCAAAGGAAUACAACGCUACUCCUGAAUCAAUGUGCCGUAAUUUGAUUUCGUCAAGAUAUGAGGCAAUGCGAUUAUUUUUGGAUGCUUUCAGAAACAAAUACAGCUCUUUCGAGAAUUACUUCCGGGCGACGGUAAAGUUAUCGACACAAGACAUUAGAUAUUUCAGGGAUGCAUUGCUGGAGCAAAAGGUAUAG